UGGAGAAACUGAUCCAUGGUGUGUAUUCCUGUGGCUUGUCUGACUAUAUAUAUAUAUAUAUAUAUAUUUUUUUUUUUUUGGUAUCAGUGGCACCUUCAGUGAAUGCGGCAGCUCCUCACCGAGGCGCUCACCCAGCCCAGAGGAAGGGAUCUGCGGAUUCACACAGACGGGCUUUCGGGCUCUGGUCGAGACCAGACAUGAGAUAGUCACCUGGAGAGCCGUCAGCAGGUGAAGCACAUCGGGCCGUCAGUGAAAUGGAGGCACCGCCGCCGGGCACCAGCUGCUGGGAGCGCACCUCCAAACGGGAAUAACCGAGCCGUGAACGGGCUGAGGGAUGGCAGCAUCCAGCAACUCCAGCCUCUCUGGUUCAUCUGUGUCCUCCGACCCUGAGGAUUACCAACCGCCCAUAUGGAAGUCCUACUUGUACCAACUACAGCAGGAAGCCCCGAGACCAAAGAGGAUCACAUGUCCUCAGGAGAUGGAGAACAGACCCAAAUACUACGGCAGAGAAUUUCAUGGCAUGAUCUCUCGGGAAUAUGCAGAUGAGCUUCUGGCGGGAGCAGAGGGUGCUUACCUCAUCAGGGAAAGCCAAAGACAGCCAGGGACUCACACCUUGGCCUUAAGGUACCAACACCAUCAAUUUGGGCACCAGACCCUCAACUACAGAUUGUUCUAUGACGGGAAGCACUUUGUCGGGGAGAAGAGGUUUGAGUCGGUCCAUGACCUUGUGACGGACGCCCUCAUCACUCUAUACAUCGAGACCAAGGCGGCAGAAUACAUCGCCAAAAUGACCACUAACCCCAUCUACGAGCAUCUUGGUUACACCUCAUUGCUCAAGGACAAGAUGGUGCACAGGCUGAGCCGUGGACGCACAGAACCACGCAGGGUCACCUUCCAGAGAGAUGAAAAGAUAUCCUCACCUCUGGUGCGACGGAGUGCCUUGAAAGACACACUGGAGAAGCAGUGCUCCUACGAGAAGAUACACAAUUUCAAGGUACACACCUUUCGAGGGCCGCACUGGUGCGAGUACUGUGCCAACUUCAUGUGGGGCCUCAUCGCCCAGGGUGUCCGCUGCUCAGAUUGUGGGCUGAAUGUACACAAACAGUGUUCCAAACUUGUUCCCAGCGACUGCCAGCCGGACCUGCGCAGGAUAAAGAAAGUGUUCAGCUGUGACCUCACCACGCUUGUCAAAGCUCAUAACACGACACGGCCGAUGGUGGUGGACAUGUGUAUACGAGAGAUAGAGCUGAGAGGUAUGAAAUCUGAAGGUCUCUACCGAGUGUCUGGCUUCUCAGAGCACAUAGAGGAAGUGAGGCUUGCCUUUGACCGAGAUGGUGAAAAGGCUGACAUCAGUGCCAGUGCCUAUGCAGACAUCAACAUCAUUGCUGGUGCUCUGAAGCUCUACUUAAGAGACCUUCCCAUUCCAAUCAUUACUUUUGACUUGUACUCCAAAUUUAUUCAAGCUGCAAAAAUUCCAAAAGCUGAAUCCAGACUGGAGGCCAUCCAUGAGACUUUGCUGCAGCUCCCCCCCGCCCACUAUGAGACCCUACGCUACCUGAUGGCUCACCUCAAGAGAGUGACACAGUUUGAGAAGGACAAUUUAAUGAAUUCCGAGAACCUGGGGAUUGUCUAUGGGCCAACGCUUAUGCAACCACCGGAGCAGAAUGCAUUGACAACCCUGAAUGACAUGAGGCAGCAGAAACUAGUGGUGCAGCUUAUGAUAGAGCAUGAAGAUGUCUUAUUCUAAGGACUGGGGCAUGCAGGCCUUAUUAAAGAAACGAAGGACUUUAUUUAUUCUGUCAUAGAGGGAAUUCAAUCCAACUUGAUUCUAAUGAAGUUUCAAAAUAGUUUGUAAUCAAAUUGAACUUGAAUGCUUCUUUACUCGCAUGACUGUUUUAGUUGAAGUUGGUUCAGUGUUGACAUUGUCUUGUUACUGUAAGUUUGGGUUUUCAUAGCCAACCAAGACCAUCAUUUUUAUAUUGGGUAAGGAUCCAGUGUUUUUACCUCCCUGCAGUGCUGUUCUCUCCUCUCUUUAAUUUGAAGACUGUCACUACCUGGCGUAGACACAGUCAUGAUGACGGCGGUGUGUGAAAUCUGCCCCGGGCAGACUGUCAAUCAGUGCUGUUGCUGUUUGAACCAACACAGCAGCAGACUAGUUAACGUUCCCACAUUACAUGUGUGCUUAUUGUGAUUUUAGUGGGAACGCUGUUUCAAAGUUUAAUGUAGAUAAAAAUCUGAUCAUGUAAUGAUCAAUAUUUUAACUGUGUGUACUAAAAAUUGAGAGAUGAGACAAUUGGGCGCUCAUGAAGCACUUUUUUGCAACAAGUGUAAAGAUUUAUUUUGUAAAGAUGUUUAUUUUUGUCUUUUACUCUGCAUCAUGUUCUUUUGUCACAAUAAUAUAUAAUGUUGAGAAUGAUGUUUGUUGAAUUGAUGUCUAAAUACAAAACUGAUCACACGAGAAAAAAAAAGACAAGAAGCAUUUGGUGGAUUUACUAUUUUUAUUUGCAACAUACUCAUUGUUAAGGUGAGGAAUACACAGCUGCAUCAAAUACUGGUCAUUUAAAUACAUAUGUCAUGUUGCAGGCAUAUUGUAAAACUCUUUUGCACAUAUGUCUGUUCCAGCGUUGUAGUAUUUCUGUUUACAUGCUGUAAUUUGUGAUAUCUUUAAGUGAAAAAUAUGAUCUGGGUUUUUUUUCUUUCUGUAUGCCAGUAACAUCACUCGGUGCAGCAGUAGUUGCCACUGACUUCACAGUGCCAUAGAAGUAAAUGGUCAUACUACAGCUGUACCGAGCAUGUUUAUUUUACAAUUGGUUUGAUGUGAUUAAAUAAAUCCUUUCUACAAAUCCAUUUGAUCAAAAUGUA